CAAGCAUGCAAGAGCUGUGAGUGGAAGGAUCGCCGCGACAAUUUUGUUUUUGUGAAAAAUUUACUGUUUGAUUAGAAAUCACAAUCUUGUUCUUAUUUCCUGAAUAUCACUUUGUGCACUAACAAAAGGUGAGGUGAUUCUGGGUCCGUGUAAACCUUGGCGGAGUUAUUCGAAGGAUAUGCAUAUUCUCCUACUUUAAAAAGGCUUCGUGCUCCAUCUAAGGACAAAAAGUUUAUCGUGAAAAUUCCGUGCUGCAAACAGUAAUAACAUUGCUGUCGAGUUCUAUCUGUAAAAAAUAAGGGUUAAAUCACAACUCACAGCUAAAAAAUACAACAGCAGAAAAGGUAAAAAACGAGUGAAAGAAAAAGUAGACAAGAGUGAUUUUUGUGGUGCAUUUUGUUCCUAGUUUUUUUUGUGUGAAUUUACGCUGGGGGAGCUCUGUGGCGUUUUUCCGUUCCCUUUUGUGUAUUUCGGCUAGUGUUGGUGUAAGUGCAAACACAAGCGAGCACGGUUGUCAGUUGUGAUCACAAACACCAAGUCCCUUGUUUUCCUUUCAUACCGUUCGUAUCAGCGCCAGUUAUACGAGUGUGUUGGUGUUUUUCUGCAGCAGCCAACAGCAGCAGCAUCAUCAUCAUCAGCAACAGCAGCAGCCGAGGGGUCAAAACGACAGGAAUAAGCAGAAUCAAAUCGCUCUCACGGAGGAAGAAGGAAAAUGUCGUCUUGUUUUGAAAAGUGAUUCAGUCGUGUCUCGAUAUAGAGCUAGUAAUUAUUCUUAGUUGAAAAACGUGCAGAUUGUGAAUUAGUGAAUUUGUUUUAUAUAUUUUUUUUCAUAUUCGUCAGAUAGUGGUUUUUGAGUGGAAUGCUUUGUGCGAGAUAAGAAUUGCAUUUCUAAAGGCAGCUAGCAAAUUGCAUAAAUCAGACUGAUUCGAGUUGUAUUAUAAGUAAGGGAAGCAGUCUGCCUAUCCAGUUACAAAAUCAAAACACAAAGCAGUGCAUUAGUGAGAGGAAUCGCUUGGCGAAGAAAGUUAUCGAUUCUCGCGAUUGAAGUUGUGAAAAGAAUUUUCAUUUGCUAAAAAUUGUGUGGAGCACACUGGUCGUGGAAGCCAGGGGCUCGAGCCAAACUUCAGAAUCAUAGGAUCGCUGGAGGAAAAAAACGUCGUCGUCAUUACGGAGACCAACGGAACGACGAACGUCGUCGACAGUAUGGUGAAACGCACCGACGGCACCGAGUCUCCUAUAAUAACGGAAAGCGAUGCUGACACAGACAAACCCCGCAUAAAAUAUGGUGAACUAGUGAUAUUAGGAUAUAAUGGCUUUCUACCACAAGGUGACCGUGGGCGGCGUCGAUCCAAAUUUGUGCUGUACAAACGUGGCGAAUCGAAUGGCGUCAAACGGUCAAAGCACUACAUUGUACAAUCACCUCAGACAUCACAGGCAAUACUCGACGCGAAACAACAUUCGAUAUCGUACACACUGUCACGAAAUCAGGCCGUUAUAGUAGAGUACAAAGAAGAUCCCGAUACGGAUAUGUUUCAGGUUGGCCGUUCGUCAGAGUCACCGAUAGAUUUCGUUGUAAUGGACACGCUGCCCGGUGAUAAAAAAGAUGCAAAAGUCCUGCAGAGUACCAUAUCGAGAUUCGCCUGUCGAAUCCUUGUGGAUCGAAGUGAUGGACAUAAAGCGAGAAUCUACGCAGCGGGAUUUGACACAAGCAGAAACAUUUUCCUAGGGGAAAAAGCAACCAAAUGGCAGGAUAAUGUGGAAAUCGAUGGCCUCACGACGAAUGGCGUGCUUAUCAUGCACCCCAAAGGUCAGUUUUGUGGUGGUUCAGCUGAGUGCGGAUUAUGGCGCGAAACGUCAGUUGGAGGAGAUGUGUUUAGUCUACGAGAGUGCCGGUCUGCGCAGCAGAAAGGCCAGCCAGUUUACGAAGAAACCAAUGCCCUGCAGGAUGGCACUCUAAUCGAUCUUUGCGGUGCAACUCUGUUGUGGCGAUCGGCUGAGGGACUGAGGCAUUCACCGACCAAGAAAGACCUAGAAAAAUUGGUAGACGAAAUCAAUGCUGGACGUCCACAGUGUCCGGUUGGCCUCAAUACUUUGGUUAUUCCUAGAAAAGUGUCAUUGGGAGAGCACGUUAACCAGCCUUAUGUGUAUUUAAAUUGUGGCCAUGUACAAGGUCAACAUGGUUGGGGCCAAGACAAAGCUUCCAACGCACGUCGGUGUCCUAUGUGUUUGGAACUAGGUCCAGUGGUUACACUGUGUAUGGGAGUGGAGAAUGCAUUUUAUGUGGAUUCUGGACCGCCAACCUAUUGCUUUAAUCCAUGCGGUCACAUGGCAACAGAGAAAACUGUCAAAUAUUGGGCGAAUGUGGACAUACCUCACGGCACAAACGGUUUCCAAGCAGUAUGUCCAUUUUGCGCUACGCCUCUGCAAGGAUCUCCGGGCUACAUAAAACUUAUUUUCCAAGAUAAUCUGGAUUAACUUGCGUUCACGAUAUCCCUGCAACAAGUAAUCCCUUUUCCCCCUUUCGCGUCAGAUUAAAUUCCCUUUCCCAGUCCAACUCCCAAUAUUAAGUCGAAUGAUAAGCAAAAUGAUCAACUGAUUCGCGUAUAGUUUAUAGUAAUGUAAUUGUUAGUAUAUUUUUAAUCGAAUUAUUUUUAAAUUAAUUCUUACAAAAAUGCAAAUCAAGAAAAAAAAAUGUAUAAUUUUAUAGCAUUGUCUCCAUUGGAACAUUGUAACAGCACGAUAAACAUUGAAAUUGUGCGAGUGCGCUAAAGAAAACUGAAGAAAAAUAACGCUUGCGAAAAGCUACCUACAAUGGAUGCAUGAGUAAAGAAUGCGUUUUUGCUAUCACCAUCGAUCAGAAGGUAAUUUGUUAUCAGAAUUUUAGAAUUUGAGGAGGAACGGAGAUUUGAGU